CACUAUUGUUUCUCACAACACUUCUCCGCCGAGCCCCAGACCGGAUCCUCCAUGAAGGGGGAGAGGUCCCGGUAGAGGUCCCGGGGAGAGACAGCUAGGUUGGCUGGUUCAAGCUAGAGUGAACCCGUGUUUAGUGUCCAUAGGAUGUCCCGUCAUGAAGGUGUGAGCUGCGACGCGUGUUUGAAAGGUAACUUUCGGGGGCAGCGGUACAAGUGUUUAAUUUGCUACGACUACGACCUGUGUGCCUCGUGCUACGAGGGCGGAGCCACGACCACCAGACACACGGCGGAGCACGCCAUGCAGUGUAUACUAACCAGGGUCGACUUCGACCUGUAUUAUGGGGGAGAGUCCUUCUCGGUGGAGCAGCCCCAGGCUUUCACCUGUCCCUUCUGUGGCAAGAUGGGCUACACGGAGACGUCUCUACAGGAGCACGUGACUGCAGAGCACACAGAGACCUCCUCAGAGGUGAUCUGUCCCAUAUGUGCUGUGCUGCCUGGCGGAGACCCAAAUCACGUGACGGACGACUUUGCUGCUCAUCUCACACUUGAACACAGAGCACUCAGAGAUUUGGAUGAGUCGAGCGGGGUGCGGCACGUGCGUCGGAUGAUCCACCCGGGUCGGGGUCUGGGGGGCCAGAGGGCCCGUCGAUCCAACAUGCAGUUCACCUCGUCAACCUCCGGGGGGAGCUCUACCACACAGACCUCUACACAGAGCUCCAACUACAACAGGGAGGAUAUGGAUCCUAUAGGAGAGCUGCUGUCCCAGUUGUCAGGGGUGCGUAGGUCGGCGGGCAGCCAGCUGAGUUCAGGUCCUUCAGCCUCCCAGCUACAGCAGCUCCAGAUGCAGCUCCAGGUGGAUUGGCAGCAGACCCAGGCUACCAGGCAGCAGUUGGAAACGUCCCGGAACACCUCUCAACGCGGCAGCCGCACCUCCAACCACGCAGGAAAUCACAACGCCAACCCUGGCACCAACUCCUUCUUCAACAACCUUAGUCCCAACCCGGAGCAGCAGGAGCCCAACACACAGAGCAGCACCUCCCAGUUCCUUCUCAACAGACUGAGUGAGCCGAGGUUGUCCGAGGCAGAGCGUCAGCUAUGUGAGGGCCAGUGGGCCGACCGCUCUCUCUUCGUCACGGAGCUCCUCCUCUCCACCCUGAUAGCCAAUCCCGACCGCAGCGAAGACGACGAUCUCCGUGACUACCACCACGACGCCGUGACGCGAGGCUCGGAUGCCUUCGAAGACACGGGGGUCAUGACCUUAGACGUGGCGCUGAAGAACCUCAACCUCCGAGAACUGAAGAAUGAGCAGCAUCCCCCGGCGUCGCCGUAGCUACCGCUACGAAGUUUAAAACCGCCAACCGCCGUUACGUGUCAAACCGCCAACGGAGAAAGAAAAUACUUCAGAUCUUUCUCUUUUUCUGAGUUGGGGGGGGAAUUGUCAUCUCAUCUGUCCCCCCCCCAUUCUAUUACAAUGUGUACAUGACAGGACACAGAGUGAAUGUGAACGUGAGAGAGCGAGUGUUGUGAGCAAGAGGAAUUUAUAAUACAUCUAUAUAAAUGUUUAUGAAAGAAAGCGGAUAAUGAAGUCCACAUGAAGCCGUGUUUGACUGCUUGCCCCCCCCCCCACCCCCAGCAGGUGAACGUAGGUCAGAUAGAUGGGUAGGUAGCAGCUUGAUCAUUUAUUAUCAUCAAGAAGUAGUCCAUAGACACAGGAAGAGGACAGACAAGACAGCGGGAAGAUCUCUCAAUUGCAUACUCCUUGUCUCCUCAAAACCCAUUGGAUAAGAAGGCCAGAAGUCCCUCCAAUGGGUUUUAAGGGAUAAGGGGGGCGUCUUCCCAGACUCUCUCCUCCUAAACUGCUGUGUUCCUGGAUAUUUAUUUAAACCUACUUUUGAUGGUUUGCCACGUCCAGAUUGUUUACCACUAUGUGCCCCCCUUCUCAACUACAGUCACUGUUCCAUAUUAAACAGUUAUCACAAAUGGGGGAGUCGGGUUUCAUCACAGCGAUGUCUUUGGUCCUAUAGGAUGACCUCUGGGUAAUCUUCCUAACCUGCUCUGGCAAUUAUAAAGGGGGUGUUGUUUUUUUAGUUCUACACAAAUAAUUCUCUCCUCAGGAGACUGAUUUGAAUGGCUUAGUUCCUACCACGUAUAACAUCACUUAUGGUGCCAUGUGACCUUUUGCUUUAUGCCAACUGAACUGUGGCUCAGUUUUUGAGUUGCAUAUGCAGAGAGAAGCUUCAUACAGUAUGCAUAACACUACAUAAAGAGGUAAUUAGACAUGUUACACAGGAGGACCGUAGAAGAUCCACAAGACUGGUAUAAAAAGGAGUUUUUAUAAUUUUUUUUCUAAAAGCGGGUCUGAAAGUAGGGAGUGUUUGCUAUAGAAUCACUUUGAGCUUUUACAUCACAAUGGUUGAUUUAUAUGGACAGACAUGGGGGAGGGUUGCUGUACUUUAUGACACCGUGCCAGUUUACGCCCCCCCCCCCACUGACGGUGUUCCUCUCUAUUGCAGAGAUGCUAAUCCAACAGAGUGACUGGAGAGAAUCCUAUACUACCUUUAACAAAUGCAAUGUAUGAUUACAUGUUUUGGAAAAUGCUAAAAGACAGGGUAAAACUGUUCAACUUGGGGAGGACAAUAAAAUAGUUUUGGAUGUAAAAUGAACUACA